UCAUCACCAGACAUGGAGUCUGGCUAUGGGGGAGGACUGUUGGAUAUGGUGAAAGGAGGAGCUGGGAGACUCUUCAGCAAUUUGAAGGAUAACCUGAAGGACACCCUGAAAGAUACAUCUUCAAAGGUCAUGCAGUCUGUUGCCAGUUACACCAAGGGAGAGCUGGAUAUUUCCUACAUUACCUCAAGAAUCAUAGUGAUGUCUUUUCCGGCUGAGGGUGUGGAGCUGGGCUUCAGGAACCACAUCGAGGAUGUCCGGACCUUCCUGGAUUCCAGGCAUCCUGACCACUACACUGUCUUCAACUUGUCACCCAAGUCCUAUCGCAGUGCCAAGUUUCACAACCGGGUCUCUGAAUGUAGCUGGCCAGUACGACAAGCCCCCAGUCUGCACAACCUCUACGCUGUCUGCAAGAACAUGCACAACUGGCUACAGCAGAACCCCAAAAACGUGUGUGUCAUCCACUGCAUGGAUGGCCGUGCAGCCUCAGCCGUCCUGGUCAGCGCCAUGUUCUGUUUCUGUCACCUCUUCUCUAAUCCAGGCCCUGCUGUGCAGCUGCUCAACACAAAGAGACCUGGGAUUGUGCUGUGGCCAUCUCACAGGAGAUACAUAGGAUACAUUUGUGAUCUGAUAGCAGACAAGCCCAUCAUUCCUCACUGUAAACCACUCACUAUCAAGUCAGUCACCCUCAGCCCAGUUCCCUGUUUCAACAAGCAGCGAAACGGGUGCCGGCCCUUCUGCGACAUUCUCAGCGGGGAAACCAGGAUCCUCACCACUUCCCAGGAGUAUGAAAGAAUGAAAGAAUACCGUGUGCAAGAAGGGAAAGUCCUAAUCCCACUGGGAGCCACUGUCCAUGGAGAUGUUGUUGUUUCUGUCUACCACAUGAGAUCAACCAUUGGGGGACGCCUUCAAGCAAAAAUGACCAACACACAAAUAUUCCAAAUUCAGUUUCAUACUGGAUUCAUAGCCCUGGGAACAACCACACUCAAAUUCACCAAACCUGAACUGGAUGCCUGUGACUCUCCAGACAAAUAUCCUCAGCUCUUUCAUGUUAUACUGGAGAUAGAAAUACAAUCCAAUGAUAGACAAACGGAAUUAACUCCCCCGUGGGAGAACUUCACAACAAAAGACAUCAAUCCAACCAUUCUCUUCUCCUCUCAUCAGGAGCAUCAAGAUACUCUUGCUCUGGCAGGUAGAGGUCCUAGUGAUUCACCCCAGGAUAACUUGAGAAAUGUUGGACAGAGUGCAUUCUUCUCUUCUCUCAGCUGGCAAGAUCAGAAAUCUGACAAAAGUAGCUCUCACCCCACCUCAGAGGAUCGAGCAGCGCUGGUGCAUGAGGAAAGCGAACAGUCAGAUGACGAACUCUUGUCCCUUUCCAGUCAGCACAGUAAUGCCAGUGGUGACAAGCCUCAUGGGACACCAAAACACAGCAAAAAGCAGCAGGAGCCUCCAGCACCACCUCCCCCUGAAGACGUGGACCUGCUGGGCCUGGAUGGUAGCCCUAUGAGCAAGAGUUUUCCCUCGCAGCCUACUGCUGCCCCUUCUAACUCAGACUUGCUGAAUGAUUUGUUUGGGGUUGGUGGGCCAAGUUCCCAGAGUCAAAGUGGACAGCCUGCUGCUGAGGAGGUCUUCCACGUUGGAGGACCUGGAUCUGUGCACUCAACUCCUCGACGUUCUGCAGCUUCGGCAUCCCCAUCCCCGUCCCCACGGGUAGGAGAAGCAACUGCCUUUGAUCCAUUUGGAAGUAGCCCUAAGCAAACUGGUCCAGACCUCCUGGGUUCCUUUCUUGGUUCAUCAACUGUCCCUGGUGAUCCUUUCCUUCAAGCAACAAGAAGUCCUUCACCAACUGUGCACACUUCUAGCACACCAACAGUUUCCAUACAACCAGAUGUUUCCAGUGGUUGGGACUGGCCCAACAAACCAGGUGGUUUAGGCAUGGGAAGCAAGUCUGCUGCCACCAGUCCUACAGGAUCCCUCCAUAGCACUCCCACUCAUCAGCCUAAACCCCAAACACUGGAUCCAUUUGCUGAUCUGGGGACUCUUGGAGCAAGAGGCCCUUCCUUUGCCAGCAAACCCACCACGCCCACGGGCAUGGGGGGCGGGUUCCCCCCGUCUCCGCAGAAGCCCUGUCCCCAGCCCCUGGGUGGCAGCGGGUGGCAGCAGCAGGGAGCUGGCUAUGGCUGGCAGCAGGCCCAGCCCAAGGCCCAGCCUCACGCCUCACCCCAGAACAAGCCCAACUACAAUGUCAGCUUCUCAGCCGCGCCUGGCGGGCAGGGCGAGCGCGGGAAAGGACCAGCUACCGCCGAUUCAAAACCAAAAGUGUCUGCAGAUUUUGAAGACUUAUUGUCUGGUCAAGGCUUUAAUGCUCACAAGGACAAGAAGGGCCCCAAAACAAUAGCUGAGAUGAGAAAAGAAGAAAUGGCUAAGGAGAUGGACCCUGAGAAGCUAAAAAUCUUGGAAUGGAUUGAAGGGAAGGAGAGAAAUAUAAGAGCCCUGCUGUCCACAAUGCACACAGUCUUAUGGGCAGGGGAGACAAAGUGGAAGCCAGUUAGCAUGGCAGAUCUUGUCACGCCAGAGCAAGUGAAGAAGGUCUACCGGCGGGCAGUGCUUGUCGUGCAUCCUGACAAGGCUACUGGGCAGCCGUACGAACAAUAUGCAAAGAUGAUAUUUAUGGAGCUAAAUGAUGCCUGGUCAGAAUUUGAAAACCAAGGACAAAAACCCUUGUAUUAGGUACUUUCUCAGUCCCCACUACAGACCUGUGCUAGUGCUUAUAUAGUCUCUUGUCACAAAUGUUACAGAUCAACCAAACUCUGCCUGGAAAUUUGGAAGUUUCAGAAGACUAAGAGCCUAAUACUCAUCAUGAAGAACAAAAUAAAGGUUUCUUUGUACUUCUAUCAAGAAUCCUGAGCUCAGAGGAAAUCUAGCCCACCUGGUUUGCCAUAUGGAGCCACAGGGUUACAGUUUCUUCUAACUUACAUUUUCCUUUGGAUUCAAGUGGCAUGAGAGAGAACACAUCCUGGGAAAAAGUGGAAUUGUUCUGUCUCUGACACAGUGUAGCUGGUGAAUUUCAUAUUGUUUGAUUUUCUUCUGGUGUGCUUUUUUUUUUUUUUUGUGGUAUGGCAACACUUCAGUUGAGUUCAAUAACUGGUGGUGAAGCCCAAACUGGAGUGUGCUUUUUUUCUGGGUUUGGAUCAGACUUCAUAAAAUUGAUGUGCUCAGGUGUGGUUUAGGCAACACUUCCAACAGACCCCACUGGCUGCUUGGUUAAGCAUAUUGUGUAGUAUGGGCAACUGGAGCCAAAGCUGAACCCCAGGUCAGGUCAGUGCUGCAGCUGCUGCUGCUGCUCACACCAAUAGUGCACUUCACCUCACAGCCCAGCAGUGAAACGUGCAGGAGAAGUUCCUCAGCAUCAUGGAGCCAAGUAUCUUUUAAAGCAAGUGACAGGUUACUGAUGUCAAACAGCACCCUGUUGGUCUGUUAAACAGCAUUUCUGGGGGAAGAGGGAACUGGGGGGGAGGCUGAACUCCUAUUUGUGGAAGUGAAGAAUGAGCAUGUCCUGUACAGUUCCCACUAAGUUCUCAUUGAUAGCUUGAAACCAUUGAACAAAAUAAGUAUCAACAAGCUAAGUCUGCUGCAAAGUUUUAGGAGCUUCCCAGUCUGUAGCUAACACAUCCCCUCCUGAAGGCUGGGAAGAACUUUUCCAGCCCACUUGUGUCACCUUUAUGCCUUUAUCAGCUCCAGAGCAUGUGGCAAAGGCUCUUGGCAGAAUGCAACCUGUUGCAACUUCACUUUUCAGACUGGGGUGUGCAAGCUGUUGUGUAGACACACCUGUGGCCCAGGUCUGAUUUUUGAGGUAAAUACAGUGCAAAUCAAUUAUCUGAAAAGUGUAUGUGGACCAAAGCAAUAAUAUCACAAGGAAGCAUCUCUGAUGUUAAAGCAGAAGCAACUUUCCUACUUAAAAAGCAAGUUUUGCUCUUCACCCCAAAUUCUAGCAUUCUCUUUUUGUAGAACAACAGAAUCUAUCAGUUUCUUUACCAACAUGUUGUAUCUGUGUUUGAGCUUUGAAAGGGCAGGUAGAGGGGCAGGAAAUAAGUUGUAUUUACUGCUCCAGGAAGAGGUUGCCAUCUGAUGCAAGCUGGUGGUUUUUAAAGACAAUCCACUUGUUGUUGCACUUACAUUUUCAAGUGGCAAAACCUUUACUGCACAGACAGGGUGUCAAAGUACAUUGCUUUCUGUAGAAAAGUCAUCCUUUUGUUGUAUUGGUCCAUGAUUUACUGCCAUUCAUUGAAAUGUGAAACCAACACAUAGGUCUCCUUUUAUAUAAAAGACCUUAAGAUAAUAGUAACAAACUGGAUGUUAUUUAUUAAUGUUUUGAUCCAGUAUGUGCUCGUCUUAUUUAAAGAGAUAACUGGAAUGUGAAUCAUGUUCCUGUGAUUUGCUGGUUUAUUGUUUCUCAUUCACAUUUGUAGAUAUUGUGACCUAUGCCUAUAUAAUUAAAAGGAUGUCAUUACUAUAAUGUACUUUUUUUUUUGAUAAUGAGAACUCCAUUAGCUUUGUAUCGAGUUUGUCAUGGCACACAACUGGAUACUCACACCUUCACAACAUACAAAUCCAUCAUUAAACUUUAUCUACCAAAAGAAACCCUCCCCCCUACUUAAGCUUUGAUUACUUCCAUCCCUAAUGUUUUUAUGGAUGCAUGAAAGUAUUAGGAUGUAUGUAUAUCAAAAUAGUUAACUAAAAGCAAAUUUUCUUGUCAUAUCUGGUAGUGACAGAGGUUAUCAAUGUUCAGGUUUAUUGUUUGACUAAAUUAUUGUAAUUUUUGUAAAUACAGUAUAUACUCAAUGAAAUUGUGACUGGUCUAAAACAUUUGUAUAUACAUUAAAAAGCUCAAAUGAAC